UAACCCUCACCAUCCCCAACAAGUACCUGCUCAAAGACCGACGCAAGCCAGACGACCCAGCAGCGCGGGCUCCACUGUCCUUCCUGUUUGAGGAUAAGACCCACUCCUCCUUCUCCUCCACGGUGAAAGACAAGGCCACCAGCGAACCAAUCAGAUUCACCAGACGCUGCAUCAGUGUUGCUCCCUCUAGAGAGACCUCUGGGGAGCUGCUGCUGGGGAAGUCUGGGAUGUACUUUGUGGAGGAUAACGCAGCUGACGCCCAUGACAACCAGAGUGCCCACGGGGAGACGGAGGCAGCGUCAUUCUCCUGGACCUAUGAGGAGAUUAAGGAGGUCCAUAAGAGGUGGUGGCAGCUCAGAGACAACGCUGUAGAGAUCUUCCUCACCAACGGACGGACUCUCCUGCUGGCCUUCCACACCACCAAGUUCCGUGAUGACGUGUACCACAACAUCCUGACCUCCGACCUCCCCAACCUCCUGGAGUAUGGUAACAUCACGGCAUUAACACACCUGUGGGGCUCGGGGCAGAUCAGUAACUUUGAGUACUUGACGCACCUCAACAAACACUCUGGGCGGAGCUUCAACGACCUGAUGCAGUACCCUGUCUUCCCCUUCAUACUGAGGGACUACAUCUCAGAGACACUGGACCUGGGGGACAGCUCCAUCUACAGGAACCUGAACAAGCCCAUAGCAGUCCAGUCUAAAGAGAAGGAGGAUCGCUAUGUGGACAAUUAUAAGUAUCUAGAGGAGGAGUAUCGUAAGGGAGCGCAUGAUGACGACCCCAUGCCUCCUGUCCAGCCGUACCAUUACGGAUCUCACUACUCCAACUCUGGCACUGUACUACACUUCCUGGUUCGCAUGCCUCCAUUCACCAAGAUGUUCCUGGCCUACCAGGACCAGAGCUUUGAUAUCCCUGACCGGACGUUCCACUCUAUGAAUACAACAUGGCGUCUCUCCUCGUUCGAGAGCAUGACUGACGUCAAGGAGCUAAUACCAGAGUUCUUUUACCUCCCGGAGUUCCUGGUCAACAGAGAGGGUUUUGACUUUGGUGUGCGUCAAAACAGUGAGCGUGUGAACCACGUCAACCUGCCACCCUGGGCGCGGAACGACCCUCGCCUCUUCAUCCUGAUCCACCGCCAGGCCCUGGAGUCAGACCAGGUCUCUCAGACCCUCUGUCAGUGGAUCGACCUGGUGUUUGGGCUGAAACAGAAAGGAAAGGCAGCUGUACAUGCCAUCAACGUAUUCCACCCUGCUACAUAUUUCGGUAUGGACGUGUCGUCAGUGGAGGACCCAGUGCAGCGGCGUGCUUUGGAGACCAUGAUCAAGACGUACGGACAGACGCCCAGACAGCUGUUCUCUGCAUCCCACAUCAGCAGAGCUGGACCCAGACUCAUUAUGGAGGGAGAGCUUCCCGCUGCCAUGGGCCUCCUGGUGCAGCUGGCCUUCAGAGAGACCAGGGAACAGGUCAAAGAUAUAGUUUACCCGAGUCCCCUGUCCUGGAUCAAGGGCCUGAAGUGGGGUGAGUAUGUGGGCUCCCCCAGCUCUCCAGACCCUGCAGUGUGUUUCAGCCAGCCCCAUGGAGAGAGGUUUGGGUCUCUACUGGCUCUCCCUACCAGAGCCAUCUGUGGACUGUCACGCAACUUCUGUCUCAUGAUGAUCUACAGCAAGGAACAAGGUGUGAGGAGCAUGCACAGUACAGAUAUCCAGUGGUCUGCCAUCUUGAGUUGGGGCUAUGCUGACAACAUGCUGAGGCUGAAGAGCAAACAGAGUGAACCGCCCAUCAACUUCAUACAGUGCUCUCCACUUCACCAGGUAACAACGUGUGCCUGGGUGUCUGAUGGUUGUCAGCUGUUCACCGGCAGUAGGUGUGGAGUCAUCACGGCCUAUAUUAACCGCUUCAAUACUACAACUCCUACAGAGAUGGAGGUAGAGUCUCGGGUCCACCUGUAUGGCCACAGCUCUGAGGUGACCAGCCUCCAUGUGUGUAAACCAUACAGCAUCCUUAUCUCUGUGUCCAGGGAUGGAACAUGCAUCCUCUGGGACCUCAACAGGUUGUGUUAUGUCCAGAGCCUGACAGGUCACAAGAGCCCGGUGACCGCAGUGUCAGCCAGUGAGACCACAGGGGACAUCGCUACGGUCUGUGACUCAGUGGGCGGGGGCAGUGACCUACGGUUGUGGACUGUGAACGGCGAUCUGAUUGGCCACGUCCACUGUCGUGAGAUCAUCUGCUCUGUGGCGUUCUCCAAUCAACCGGAGGGCGUGUCUGUCAACGUCAUUACAGGGGGACUGGAGAACGGAGUGGUCAGGCUGUGGAGCACGUGGGACUUGAAGCCAGUGAGAGAGAUCACCUUCCCCAAGUCGAACAAGCCUAUCAUCAGCCUGACCUAUUCAUGUGACGGUCACCACCUCUACACAGCUAACAGCGAGGGGACGGUCAUGGCCUGGUGUAGGAGAGACCAGCAGAGGAUGAAACUGCCCAUGUUCUACAGUUUCCUCUCUAGCUACGCUGCCAGCUGACAGACUAGGGCCUUGAACGACUACACUACCCACAAUCCUCCUGAGAGACAUGAUUACAAUACCCAUAGUCCUUUUCUGACGCAUGGCCCCAGACUACCCUGAGAGACCGCAUGAGGGACAGAACUACAAUACCCACAGUCCUCUACUCUUAUGGCAGCCCCCCAGACCUCCUGGCAUGUUGAGUCAGAACUACAAUACCCAUAGUUAUCUUCUGACACAUUGCUCCAGACUACCCUGGGACAAAACUACAAUAACCACAGUUCUCCAGGCGGACAGAACAGCCUGAACCUCUCCAUGAGCAGUCAGUCCCCUUCUCUCCCCUCUGCCCGGAGGCAGACAUGUCAACAUGCUGCAGACGACCAAUCGAAGCCCUCAGCUCAGACCCUAAGACCCACCUCCUGUAAUCUACAGCCAUUUCCAAGCGAGCAGACGUUAACAUAUGAUAUUAAAGAGAUAGAUAGAUAUACAUUUUUUUGCUUUUGGAAUGUUUUGGUUUUGUUGUCAUGGUAAUAAUGUUCCUUCCUUCUGAAAUGUGUUGCUGAUGACUUGAUUGGUUGUUUGGACUGUCCUGGUGAGCUGCUGCUACAUAACAUCUGACCAAUCCCAAGUCAGACCAGAGGGCUGAAGGCCCCCGCCUCUGCUAGUGUCUGACCAAUCCAAAGCCAGAGCAGAGGGUUGAAGACCCGCCCCGUCUCUCCUCGACGGCCAACGCAUGUGUCUCUCUGCAUGAGUCACCUGCCUGACGGCUCUUAUUCCUGAGAGACCAGGAAAAGCUGCAUAUCUGUCACCUACCUGGAGAUGACCCUGCAUGGUCCUGUGGGGACUGGGAUACCCUUCAUGUCCACUGAACUCUAGACUACGUAAACCAGCUAGGGGGAUCUGGGAUGACGUGGAUUGUGUUGCCUGUAAUGUCCUGGUCUGUGCCCUAAAGGCCUCUUCUUGCAUGCUGGAAUUAAGGAGACUGCGAUGGGUGGGUGGGUGUGUGUGUGGGUGUGUGAUAGCUUGAAAGCACUAACUACAUUGUGUUCCUGCCUUGUAUCAAUCCUGUUUCCUGCCUUGUAUCAAUCCUGUUUCUUGUGUCAUUUUGUUUCCACUCUUUGUUUUUGCAUUGGCUUCCUUAAAGUGUUGUUGUUGUUAUUUCUUAUGAUCAAUGAAAGCUGAGAAUGAUUUGCUGUU